GUCAAAAGGCCGGAUGCCGCACUGUGGGAUCGGAUAUGGCGAUACUCGUGCGCUUCCCGGUGUCUUUGCCCCGCAAUCCAAACUGUUGGGGAUGCCAUCCGCAUCCGCCGCCCGCUCCGGGCUCAGGCUUUGGCCCAAGGGGCCCCCGCCCCUGUCGACGCUUUCCGCAUCGUACUUGGUGUGAGCAAUGAGUUUGCAGAACUUCAUGGGCGGUGGAAAGGCCAGUGAUCUGGCUUUCCUGUUUUCCGACGUUGCCACAGACGUGGAGAGUCUCAACGGCAUGCAAUUGUCCAGUGGCACACCACUUGGAGUAGUGGUGGGCUCUGUGAUCAGCAAAAUUGUCAUCAGUACAGCUCUGGCUACUUUGGGCAUCACAUGCACUCUCUUGUUGAUACUGGGGUUGCCAGAAAAACAAAAGCGGCACAUUCAGUCAGGUCUGCCAAAGGGAGUCUACUCCUUCUCAGUGGGGGUGGUGGGCUUCGUCUACCUCAGCACUGAAACCUACGUCCCAAGCUUGCCACAGAUGGAACUGGACCUCCAGGGCUCGCAAACACUCUUAAGUGGCACGGUACAAAUCAACCUCUUGAUGAAAGCACUGGGAUGCUUCAUCAUCGCGCCGCUCUCCGAUCGCAUCGGCCGCCGGCCUGCGAUGCUCACCUGCCUUGCCCUGGCGACACUGACCUCAUUCAGCUGCAUGCUGGCCACACACAUUUCCUGGUUUUUCUUGGCUCGCAUCUUGCAGGGCUUGAGCGAGGCCUGCGAGUGCCUGGUUUUUGCCAUCAUCCGAGACUUUUGCGAUGAUACGGAAGAGCGUUACCAGGUGCUCUCCUCAAUUUGGAUCGCCACCAUCUUCGCCAACAUGUCGGCUCCCCUGAUUGGUGGCGUCAUCGCGAUCUUCUCCAGUUGGAGGUUCGGGUUCCUGUUGCUGGUGGUGUCCUGGGGCGGGCUCUUCCUCUUCGCCUACCUCAAGCUGCCGGAGAGCGCGCCGGACGAGGCGAGGAGCUCCUUGCUCCAGGACCUUGCGACCUGCACGGGGGACUGGCACCAGGAUUGUUUGAUCAUCGCGGAGGGGCUCUUCUACUCUUGCUACUUCAGCUUUUUGGCCAAUGUGAGCUUCGUGAUGGAGGUGAACUACAACCAAGGCCUUCCAGUGACCUGUGCGGUGAUUGCCUCGACCAUGGUGUCGCUCUGGGUGGCCUGCAAGACCUUGAACCGCCUGCUGGACGGCCCGGUGAUCCACAUCGCCCAGGGCUCCGUGCUGGUCGCCAUGCUGGCGGUGCUCGCGGACUGCCUAGCGGGGCUCGCGUACGACGGGACCUGUAUCUGGGCCUAUUUGGUGCCCUCGGCCAUCCAGGUGAGCCUCAUGGGGGUGCCCAUCAUGUCGCUGCCGACUCUGUACAUGGACCCGCUGGAGAAGGUGGCGGGGCUGGCGGCGUGCAUGGAGGUGGUGGCCUGCGGGUUCCUGAGCUCCAUCUUCUCGGCGCUGAGCACCCAGGCGCUGCUCAGGGGCGGCCAGGCGGGUCUGGUGCUCUUCGAGGCGAUGGUCACCCUGACCGCUGGGGUGGUCUUCUGGCUGGGCCAGGGAGUCUGGAGGCCAAUGGAACCUUCUCCUCUGAGCCUGCCCUUGCUUGCGCCAGAGUGGAAUGGCAACGGCGUCGUGCGGUGAUUCGGCAAGGGCCGAAGGAAGCCGCGUUUUUUUUCUUCCCCAUGGAUCGGGCCAAUUAGACUGGCUUGUGAUCUCGUUGUUUGAAUUGUGGGUCCGUUUCCUUUAGACUCUGCCUCCUACUUUCCUCCGCA